AUGGCACUUGCAGCAGCGCAAGCAGCAUCGGGUGGCAACAACGAUGCCGGUGCCGUGGCCGCUUCCUCCCCCAAGCGUUUGUUUAAUCUCCUCGAGUCGAAAUCAAAGGAACGGGUGCUGCGGUUGGUAACGGCCUUCCGUGGCUCGACGCUGAUGGAGCGGGAGGCUUUCGCGCAGGAGAUCGGUGCCACCCUGCUGACAGAAGAGCACCAGCAGCAGGAGUUAGGGCCGCUGCUGAGUCGACGACUCAGUGGCCCGGCGCUGCAGGUGCGCUCUCGUGACCGAAGUUACGUCACCUUGGCUGAACAGAAGCCACACAUGAGCUCCACGGCGGAAACGGUUGCCCUGAUCAAGUCUUUGCUGAAGCAAAAGCCGUUAUUGCCUGCUCCUGUGGGGCAAGCGGGGGACAACGCAGAGCCCGGCGCAAAGCGUGACAGUCAAUCGUCGGCAAGCGCAUUGGGUGAUGGUGCUGCUGAUGCCAACUCCCAACAUGAGGUCUCGCCACCUUCAAAGGGAGGCGAGACGGCUGCUGUCGCCGAAUUUGAUAAGGAGGAGAGAGAAAGGGAGUCCCAGACGCCUGCUGUCUUGUUCCGCACUCGUGGUUACCAGGCCCUGCGCCUAGCUCGUGGUGAAGAGCACCCUCCUGAGGUGGAGAGUGAUGCUAGCACGAGGCGAUCGGUCCUGAACCUUACCGGUAUGCCCCUGGAUGAGGCGGACUUGUGGGAGUGGUUUGAAAUACUGGAUGUCGCGCGAAAUGGCACCAUUGGCGUGUUGCCUUUCCUGCAAACCAUCAAGGACCUGGACCGCGGCUUUGGCCUGACGGAGAAGUCAGAUCAAGAAUUUGCGCGGGAUGUGGAGGCCAUCGCAACGGACGGGCAGCUGACGUUUGAGAAGUUUGCGUAUCUGGUGACGCGCUUUCUCAGGCAGUAG